UUACUCUGCAACAGUAGAUCUUACAGCAGGUGUCCGAGGAGUUUCAAUCAGUUGAUUCUGGAAUAAGCACUGAUAUCGACACAUUGUUGAUCCAGCUAUAAUGAAAAAAUUAAUAACGCUUUGUACAAUAUUAUUAUUGUUCGAUCUUGGAUAUAGUACACCUAAUGCGAAAUGGUGGCAAACUAUGUCACUUUAUCAAAUUUAUCCCAAAAGCUUCAAAGACAGCAACGGGGAUGGUACAGGAGAUCUUAACGGUAUCAAGAGCAAGCUAGAUCAUCUUGUCAAAUCGAAUGUUAACGCUUUUUGGUUAUCUCCAAUUUAUCCUAGCCCGAUGAUCGAUUCCGGAUAUGACAUUUCCGAUUUCCGCAGCAUCGACGAAACUUUCGGCACUAUGGAGGACUUUGAGGCGCUCACGAAAGCCGCCCAUGAAGCAUCUUUAAAAAUUAUUCUAGACUUUGUUCCUAAUCAUUCGUCGGAUAAACACGAAUGGUUCCAAAAGAGUUUGCGGAAUGAGAAACCUUACACCGAUUAUUACGUAUGGCAUGAAGGCAAAAAGUUGCCGAACGGAACGAUUACGAAGCCGAAUAAUUGGGUGAGCGUGUUCGGCAAAUCAGCCUGGACCUGGCGUGAAGAACGACAAGCGUAUUAUCUUCAUCAAUUCGCACCGGAGCAACCCGACCUCAAUUAUGAGAACGAGAACGUAGUGAGUGAAAUGAAGGAUGUCCUGAGAUUUUGGCUCGACAAGGGAGUGGACGGAUUCCGGGUGGACGCGGUGCCACAUUUGUGCGAGAACGUCAGUUUCGCGGAUGAACCACUCACGGGUAAUCCAGAUCCCGACGAUUACGGUUACACGGAUAAGAUAUAUACUAAAGAUCAACCACGCACUUACGAAAUGGUCAAAGGAUGGCGAGAAGUGAUGGACGAGUAUCCGGAUGAAAAAAUUAUAAUGAUGGAAGCUUACGCGAACAUGACGAUGACGAUUAUGUAUUAUAUUAACGGGGCACACUUUCCCUUUAAUUUUGGUCUGAUUACCGAUACAAAUCGAGAUUCUACAGCGGCUGAUUUUAAGAACGUGAUCGAUAGAUGGAUGAUGAACAUGCCUUUUGUGAGCGGUACGGCUAACUGGGUGGCUGGGAAUCACGACAAAUCGAGAUUGGUGACACGUUACGGACUGGAACGAGCGCAGGCGGUAACUGUGCUAACUCUAUUGCUUCCGGGCGUAAGUGUGACUUACAACGGUGAAGAAAUUGGCAUGGAGGACACGUGGAUCUCGUGGGAAGAUACUAAAGAUCCGCAAGGUUGUAAUGCCGGUAAAGAAAAUUACGAGAAUGCAUCCCGGGAUCCUGCCAGAACGCCAUUCCAGUGGGACAAUACCACUUCAGCUGGAUUUUCUACGAAUCCAAAGACGUGGUUGCCGGUAAACGAAAACUAUGUGACACUUAAUUUGGCUGCGCAAAAGACACAGGACAAUUCCUAUUACGCUCUAUAUAAAACAGUUUCUGCUCUACGAGGAUUGCCGGCUAUUAAACAAGGAAAAUUGAUUACAAAAUUAUUAAACGAUAAUGUUCUUUUCUUUGCCAGACAAGCUGGUAAAGAUGCGGUUUAUGUAGUUGUGAAUUUUAAAGAUAAUGAUGAGACUGUCAAUUUAUCGAGACUCAUUUCACCAAACAAUCGAUUGCUCACCUACUACGCCACUACAAAUGCUUUUCACUUAAUCGGAACUGUCGUCUCAGGUGAUCACGACUUAAAAAUCCCCGCAUCAGCAGCUGUGAUAUAUUUUAAUAUAUAACUAAAGCCGUGCGAAAAGCUAUGGAAACGAACGAGAGGCAUCGUAUUUUCAAUGUUAUUUCCAUAAUUCUCUCGGCGAAGAAGAGAGAUUAUUCAGUCGUUGGAAUGAUUCUACUCUGCAUCAACCAUCUUACCUUAUUGCUUCGAUGUAUAUAAUAUCGUUCUUAUUUAUUCAUGCUUUAUCUAUUUGAUCAAAUUUUUAUUCGCAAGACACAACACUACGCUCACAUACAAACGGAAUAGAUAAUGGCUCAGCUAAUGAUGAAAUAUGUUAUGUUCAAAAAAAAGGACUAAACGGAAAGUUGAAAAGUAAAGCAUAGUAAUAAUAAUUUUUUUUCAAUAAUUGGCCUCCGCCAAUCAUUAUAUUUGUGUAAAUAUUAAAUUUUCAAUGAAUGUAAAAACUGAAAAAAAAAACAAAUAAAAAUUUUAAAAAGCAGCUGUCGUGAAUUUUCGAUUAUUAAAUAAAAUUUAAUGGAAUUAUUAAAUUUCAAUAGAUUGAAUCUCCCGGAUUUUCAUAUAUACUCAUUAAUAUUAUAUUGAUUGCAUUUUACACAUUGUGUCGUCUUUAUUACUUGUCUGUUUUUCCAUUAUAAAAACAAUAUAAUAAUAUUAUGCCAAAAUAUUGAAUAAUUUAUUGAAAAUAGUAAACUGCUAAUAGUGUCCAUAUACAUUAUUUAUUUAUAAAUCCGGCAAUUAUAUUAAAUGUCAAAAAGCCAAUUGUAUGUUUAUCUAUUUCAAAUAAUGCAAUGAACGAAACUUGCAAAUACUCAUGUCUCACCUAAAUUUAUGUAUGCCACUUUGAACUUUCUUCACAAGCGCUAUACUCGGAGAAACUUCGUCUCUCUCGCGUGUGGAAAAUUAUAAAAGUUGCAAUUGUUUAAUGAAAAUUCAAAGUUUAACGGAAGACAAAAGAAUGUCAAAACUUGUGCACCGCUUUUCAAAAAUAAAAAUUAUCUUUCGCCGCGACGUUUUGUUUAAAUAACCGGUGGCGAAUGCAAAUUUUGCGGAAUUACGCAAAUUCAACUGCGAAAUCCUCAAAUUUGCAUAAAUAUGCGUAAAUUUACUUUUGUAAAAAUUUAAAAGCUUUAUUCAAGAUAUACCUAUAACGCAAUCGAAUUGCGUAUCA